CUAGUGUUGUAUUUUAAAACGACAAUAUAAAUGGGGAAAAAAAACUCAAUCCAAAAUAUAUAAUAAAAUAUUUCUAAAAUCUUCAUCUGCAAUCAUACGUGUAACAUUUUCACUUGCCCUUCGAUAAUCACACAGUUUUUUCCCCCGAAAACGCUUUCACUGCCGCUAUGCCGCCGUCCGGCAACGGAGCUGAAGCCGCUGCCGGCCGCCGCUGCACGUGCUCUUCCACCGAAGAUGAAAACCAAAACCAAAAUCAAAGCUGCCAGCAUUGCCGGCGAUCGACUCUGCCUUCCUCUUCGUCAUCUUGCUCGUUGCUUAGCCUCGAAUCCUAUCCGGUUCAGGACUACGAUAAGCUUUGGAGAAUCUAUAGUGCCUCUAUUAAAGGCUUUACCAUUGGCGCUGGCCUCAAAGGUGGCCUCGCUAUCUUCGCUGUUCUCUCUCGGCUACGACGUAGAAAAUCGUUGUCCUCUGCGAAGAAAGCGCAAAUGGUGUCGAGCAGUGACGAUAUAAUUUUGGCACUAAAGGAAACUUUAAGAUAUGGUCUAUUCCUUGGCACUUUCGCUGGUACUUUUGUAUCCGUUGAUGAAAUUGUAUCUGCUUGGGGCGGUCAUCGAAGGACAGCUAAGUGGAGAGCAUUGCUAGCUGGUGCAAUCGCGGGGCCAUCAAUGCUUCUUACUGGUAACACACAGCAUACAAGCUUGGCAAUUUACAUUCUUAUGCGUGCAGCUGUGUUGGCAUCGCGUUGUGGAAUAAAAAGUAAGCGGUUUGGGCACAUAUGCAAGCCUUUAACUUGGGUUCAUGGAGACAUUUUCCUCAUGUGUCUAUCCUCUUCACAGAUCCUGUCCGCUUAUAUAUUGAAGCAAGAUAGUCUGCAUCCAUCUUACAAAUCCUUUCUCAACAAACAUGGUGGGAAAGCUCAGGUUAUCCUGCAGGGUGUGCGAGACCUGGCAUGUGGGAACUCUGUAGCCAAUUUGGAUGCGAUAGAGACCCAUUACAAGUCCAAUGGUGUUGACAUUAAGCUGGAUCCACAAAUGAAAGUACCCUGCUCGAUAGUACAUGAGAAUCAAGGAUGUGGUGCACAUUUUAUUUCUUUUCUAAUUCAAGCUUACAAGAGGGCUUUGCCAGUUUACCUUCCAGUUUAUUUAGUUCCUGCACUCAUUGUACAUCGUCAAGGGCUCUUGAAAAGACCUAACAAAAUUUUGGCAAAGGGUCUUCUUGGUACAGCAAGGUCUAGUCUAUUUCUCUCUGUGUAUUGUUCAUCUGCCUGGUUAUGGACGUGCCUCCUCUUCAGGCUGUUCAAGAGAUGUAAUAUUCCCAUGGUGGCACUGGGAACGUUCCCUACUGGUCUGGCCCUGGCAAUUGAGAAGAAGAGCAGAAGGAUAGAGAUUUCACUCUACUGCCUUGCUCGGGCACUUGAGAGUUUCGUCACGUGCAUGGUCGAUGUUGGGUAUUUGCCUCGGUCUAAAAAUUUAAAGAGAGCCGAUGUGGUGAUUUUUAGCAUUGCAACUGCAAUUAUCAUGCAUUGUUAUGCUAUAGAGAGGGAUGUCUUUCGAUCCAAGUACUUGAAUGUACUUGAUUGGGUGUUAGGUGUGCCUCUUCCCCCCUAUGAAACCACUCCUCGCAAGAACAGGAGAAGUGAUUCCAGCUAGCUAUUAUGGCAUGCCUCAUCCCCAUAAGGAACAGGCUCGUGUUGUGAUGAAUAAUGGAUUAUUCUUUUUCCCCUUUCAAUCUAAGAAGGUUGGCGUUAGUAUACCAUUCUUUUUCGUGAGAAACGUCUAUACACAAUAGAUGUCACAAAACAAAUUUACCUUUGUACACCAUAGUGCCACAGCAAGACGAAUGAUGGUCCGUUUUAAUUUAAACUUUGUUGUUGCUAGUAGAUUGAAAUUUGAAAUUAUCUUUCAUCAGUAUGAUUAUCAGAUUGUCCUC